AUGAUUAAAAAUUUAUAAAAAUUAUAUUUUGCAACAAUUAAUAGCUCGAAAUUUAAUAAAAUGGAAGCAAAACAUAGAUUUUUUGAUAUAGCAGCAAAUUUAGCAGAUCACACUUUUAAAGGUCACUAUUAUGAGAAGAAGGUUCACGAUGAAGAUGUUGACGAAGUAAUACAACGUGCAGCCUCUAUUGGUUGUGAUCGUCUUUUGAUUGUAGGAGGAUAUAUCGAAGAUUCUAUUGAGAGCUAUAAAAUUUGUUAAAAAUCUAAUAAAUUUUACUGCACAGUUGGAGUUCACCCCUGCAGAGCAAACGAAGUAGAAGCUAAUGGAAGAACAUAAGAAGACUACUUUAAAGAACUAGAUGAAUUAAUUUCUAAGCAUAAAGAUAAAUGUGUAGCUGUAGGAGAAUGUGGCUUAGAUUAUGAUAGAUUUGAUUACGCAAGCAAAGAAACAUAAUUAAAGCAUUUCGAACCUCAUUUUAAUUUAGCUGAAAAAUAUAAUUUACCUAUGUAUUUACAUAAUCGUAAUACAGGAAAUGAUUUCUUUGAUAUUGUUAGAAGAAAUAGAAAAAGAUUCCCUACAGGAGUAGUUCACUCUUUUACAGGAACUGAAGAGGAAUUAAAAUAAAUUUUAGAAUUAGAUUUAUAUGUUGGCAUAAAUGGUUGUUCCCUUCGUGACGAAGCAAGUUUAGAAAUUGUUAAAAAAAUACCACUUGAUAAGAUCUAAAUUGAAACAGAUGCUCCUUAUUGUGAAAUUAGAAACACUCACCCUGGAAGAAAGUUUGUAAAAACAGUUUUUGAAUAAAAGAAAAAGGAAAAAUUUGUAAAGGGAUUUAUGGUUAAAGGUAGAAAUGAACCAUGCUAAAUUAUUUAAGUUUUAGAAGUUCUUGCAGGUGUAUUAGGUAAAGAUGAAAAAGAAUUAUCUGAAAUUUGCUAUAAAAAUACACUUAAAAUGUUUAAUUUAAAAGAUGAGUGA